AUGAGCAUGUAUCCCGGAUGGACAGGCGACGAUUCGUACUGGGCGGGCGCUGGCACCACCGCCGCCGCCGCUCCCGCUUCUUCUGGCACAUCUGCGUCGUCAACGGCGUCGUCGACCGCCGCUGCUGCCGCUGCAGCUAACAAUUUGAAGACGUACGAACUCUACAAUCACACCUAUAUGAACAACAUGAAGAAUAUGCUAGCCGCUGGUUGGAUGGACAACUCCACUAAUCCAUUUGCCUAUAACCCUCUACAAGCGACAUCAGCGAAUUUCGGCGAGACGCGCACAUCGAUGGCCACAAUCUCACAGCCAGUUUUUCCGUGGAUGAAGAUGGGUGGCACAAAAGGAGGCGAAUCAAAACGAACCCGUCAAACCUACUCAAGGAGUCAAACCCUGGAAUUAGAAAAAGAAUUCCAUUAUCACAAAUAUUUGACCCGAAAGCGGCGACAGGAAAUUUCAGAGACCCUUCAUUUGACUGAAAGACAGGUGAAAAUUUGGUUUCAAAACCGUCGAAUGAAGCAUAAAAAGGAGGCGAAGGGCGAGGGCGGAAGCAAUGAAUCCGAUGAGGAAUCGAAUCAAGACGAGCAAAAUGACCAGCAUUCUUCUUGA